UGCUCGGCCCUCAUGCGGCGGCCCUGCUGACACCUGAAGCCCGCCGCUCGCCGUCGGCCCUUGGCGGUUGAAGUCGUCCUCUUGCGGGCCCUCGGCGGCCGCCCAUGGAGAAGGCCGGGCGAGGCGGCGAUGGCGCCCCCCGAGGGCCCGUGCUGCACAUCGUGGUGGUCGGUUUUCACCACAAGAAGGGCUGUCAGGUUGAAUUCUCUUACCCGCCCCUGAUUCCAGGAGAUGGACAUGACAGCCACACUCUACCUGAAGAAUGGAAGUAUUUGCCCUUCCUUGCCUUACCAGAUGGCGCGCACAACUACCAGGAAGAUACCGUGUUUUUUCACUUGCCACCUAGAAAUGGAAAUGGAGCUACAGUAUAUGGCAUUUCUUGCUACCGACAAAUUGAAGCCAAGGCAUUGAAAGUAAGGCAAGCAGAUGUCACCAGAGAAACUGUUCAGAAAAGUGUUUGUGUUCUAAGCAAGCUGCCUCUCUAUGGCUUACUUCAAGCAAAACUGCAACUCAUUACACAUGCAUACUUUGAAGAAAAGGACUUCUCCCAAAUUUCCAUUCUAAAGGAGCUUUAUGAGCAUAUGAAUAGCUCCUUGGGAGGAACUUCAUUAGAAGGAUCACAAGUAUAUCUUGGUCUCUCUCCUCGAGAUCUUGUGCUUCAUUUUCGACAUAAGGUCUUAAUCCUGUUCAAACUUAUUCUUCUUGAAAAAAAGGUCCUCUUUUACAUUUCCCCAGUGAAUAAAUUGGUGGGUGCCCUGAUGACUGUGUUAUCCCUUUUUCCAGGCAUGAUUGAACAUGGUCUCAGUGAUUGUUCUCAGUACAGACCCCGAAAGAGUACAUCUGAAGAUACUGGGCUUCAAGAAAGUAAUCCCCCUGCAGAUGAUUUUGUUUCUAUGCCUGUUGCCGGCAUUUCAAAUACUGACUUGGGAACUGUCAAGAAAAUCAUGACAGGAAACCAUGGAGGAGAUGCUGCUAUCAAGAUUGAAGAACCUUUGUUCAAAGUAGAUGACAACAGCAAAGGACAGGAACCCAGUGACACCAAUCAAUAUUUGAAACUUCCUACUCGUCCAUCUCCAGAGUCUUCAGAAAGUGACUGGGAGACCCUGGAUCCUAGUAUCUUAGAAGACCACACAUUGAAAGAAAGUGAACAGGUGGAAUCAGAACAGACAAACUUAUUUCCAAAAGACUUGGUGCCCUCCGACAGUCCUCCAAUUACUGUGCAACCUCAAGCUAAUACAGGCCAGGUAGUCCUGAUACCAGGUCUAAUUUCUGGUUUGGAAGAGGACCAAUAUGGCAUGCCCCUGGCCAUCUUCACAAAGGGAUACCUGUGUUUACCCUAUAUGGCAUUGCAGCAGCAUCAUCUUCUCUCUGAUGUCACCGUCCGGGGAUUUGUUGCUGGAGCUACUAACAUCCUUUUCCGACAACAGAAACACCUCAGUGAUGCCAUUGUGGAAGUAGAAGAAGCGCUGAUCCAAAUCCAUGAUCCAGAACUCAAGAAGCUGCUUAACCCAACUACUGCAGACCUAAGAUUUGCAGAUUACCUAGUGAGGCACGUGACAGAGAACCGGGAUGACGUCUUCCUAGAUGGCACAGGCUGGGAAGGAGGUGACGAAUGGAUCCGAGCUCAGUUUGCAGUCUACAUCCACGCACUGCUGGCUGCCACGCUGCAGUUAGAUAAUGAAAAGAUACUAUCGGACUAUGGCACAACCUUUGUUACAGCAUGGAAGAACACUCACAAUUACAGGGUCUGGAACAGCAACAAGCAUCCAGCACUUGCAGAAAUAAAUCCAAACCAUCCAUUUCAAGGCCAGUAUUCAGUGUCAGACAUGAAGUUAAGAUUCUCACAUUCUGUUCAAAACAGUGAACGUGGCAAAAAAAUUGGAAGUGUCAUGGUCACAACCAGCCGGAAUGUUGUACAAACAGGAAAAGCUGUUGGCCAGUCAGUUGGAGGAGCUUUUUCCAGUGCAAAGACAGCUAUGUCUUCCUGGCUUUCUACUUUCACCAACUCCACCCCCCAGAGUCUCACCGAGCCGCCCGAAGGGAAGCCUUGAGAAGCAAUCCGAAGACUGCUAUUGCUUUCUUAGGUUUAAGAGUUCCCUGUCUGUCUGCUGAUCCCAGACUGUUCCUCUUCGUUGGCCACAGGUCCACAGCAGGGGCCUGAGAUGUCGAACUGUUUACAUGGACAGUGCCCUCAGUCUAAAUGAACGUCGUCGGAUGCUGGAAAGAUGAAAUCACAACCAUAAGCAGGGAUGGCUUUCGAGGUUGGGGUUUAAAUUGACUACUUUUAUUUCAAUCUGAGCCUGAUUAAAACACACAGUGAACCUUCUAAUGAAUUUUGAGUUUGAUAUAUACAUUUGUUUACUUUAGAAAAGUUUUUACUUGUGUAAAUUUUGUUGUUUUGCUAUUUGACUCUCCAGAUGGUCGAUGUAGUUUCUAUUUGCUAAAAUUAAGUUAUAUUACUAUUUAAAUUUCUCUAAAGUUGACCCUAAAAUGUGCUUAUAAAGUUAAGAGGUCAUACAGUCCAGCCCUUUGUUAUAUUUUGCUUAAUUACAAUUAUAUUUUGCUUAAUUCUUUUGUUGGUUUCUGAUCACAAAACACUUUCAUCAGCUCACUUCCUCCCAAAAUCAUGAAAGUCAAGGGAUGGCAGUUCUGAGGUUGGAGUGGAAUAUUUUGUUUCACGUGUUUAACUUGUUCUUUCCCUAUUCUUAAAUAUUUGCUUUGAGUCAUCAAGGAGUCAUUAUGCUUUCUUCUUCCUAAUUGUGCAAAUGAGUGUGCAGAAAAAUGGCAUAGUGACAGUUUUACUAGUGUUGGAGCAGUUUAACAUGAAUAUGCAUUUAGGGCAAGGUUUUAAACACCUACGUGUCAGUUCUGUCAACUCUAGUCAUGUUGCGGUCUUGUACAGGCAUUUUUUAAUCCAAAGUUUGUGCCUUCUAUUUCUUCUUUUAAACAGUUUUCCAUUGGGUGUUUACAGACCUGCAAAUUGUUUUCUUGACCUACUCUUCAUAAAGCUUUUCCAGGCUUUUGGCUUUCCCUGACCAAAAAUACUCCUGCAAUCAAUCCCUACCCUCUUCUGAAAGUAUUUAUUUUAAAAAAAUGAUCCAUAAAUAUUAAGUAGAAGUCUUGUCUUAGCUCACAUUUAGAAAAGCAAGAGGCGAGAGAAGAAAACUACAUCCAUGAGAUCAGUUGUGUUUCAUAAAGCAUAUCUGGUUUCAUUUUAGACCUGUGCAAAUGUGUGCUAGUUACUGAAGAUUUUUAACAACUGAAUCUCAUCAGCUCUCAUUUGCUUUUUAAGGGGACUUUGGAUGGGUAAUCUCAGGGAGUACUUAUGAGGAGCAGAUUGCUGUUUCUGUAAUGGGAUAUUUGGAAAAUACAUUGUGAGUAUAAAAUACGUGUGCUAUAAAGAAUAUUGGGAAAUAAGGGGCCUACUUAACAAGGACCCUAUUUAUAUUUGAUUUAUCCUUUGAGAAAUGUUUAUGUAAGUAAACCCUCUUAGGGCAUGUGACUGAACAUAGGGAAAUAAUCUAAAUAUCUCUAAAUUAUCCAAUUUGUGUUUUGACACAAGUCCAGCAAAUCUAGAAGCUUGCUUCCAUUUGAACAUAACUCAAGACUUUAGUAAUGAUAAAUAAAAGGGCUUAUUGUGAAAAUUCCAUUAAUUCCACUUCCUCUAGGAAAGAUAACCUCAGGAAAUACUAUUUGAAGAGAAGAAAGUAAUACCAAACAAACCUUAAAAGGUUCUUUAAUCAGUGUUGCACUGAGACUAUAAAGAAUUCAUUCCAACAUCUUGUUUCAUGAGGCCACAUCAUCAGUUGGAGUGUGAGAUAGUGUAUUCGUGUGCAGUUAGUAGCUCAGCUGCCAGAAGUUCACAGUGCUAAGAGCUCACUGUGAGGGCUCAGCCGUAAGCUGCUGGUUCAUGUGGUAGUUUGUAUGGUUUAUAUAGUUGGGGUAAACUCCCAUCUCUCCCUAAUUCAAAAGCAGUCCAAUCCACAUUUGGGAAUCCCACUGAAACAAAAAAUAGUUACAUGAAGUUUAACUUUUAGUAUCACUUGUUCCCCCAUUUUAGUAUAGACCUUAAUUAAACUUUGUAUUAAUGUUUCUAGUUAAGAGUUUUAACUCUUAAAAUGAUCACUUAACUGACUUUCAACAUAAAAUGAACAUCUCAGAGGGAGAACAUUUGUCAUAGAAAUGGUCAACAGACUAUACCUGUGUUUCCUUCUAGGAGGUGCUGGAGUUUUCAGGGAGCAACGGCAAGGGCCCCAAGGCGGCCAGCACAAUUGAAGGCAGGAAGUGUGGCCACUUCCAGCUUAGGUUCCGGGAUCCAGCUGAGUGACCAGCUCACAAACCGUAGCCUCCCUCCAAUCCCUGACUCUGAGCAGCCCUAGGAACCAACACUGGGCCACACUGACAAAGUUGUGUGUUUUGGUUGGCCACACUCUCUCCAUUGCCUUUGUGUCCAAGCACCGGGGGUUUGUUAAGGAGGCAUAAGGGAGCCAGGGUCCAGCCAGGCAUUUGCAUGGUGUGCCAGGCACAGAGACUGAAGCUGUAGCUUGGUGUGGCCUCACAGCUGUCUAAGUGACUUAAAAGCAGUGUUUGGAAAAGUUCCUGGCAUACUUGGAGUCCUGCCAGACAUUAUAAUGGCAACAACAUAGAAAAGGAAAGGAGAGUUAAAGCCAGGUGAACAGAAAAAGUUGCAUGUCAAGGUAAAGCUUAGAGUUAUUUUACAUAUGCAUUUGGCUACAUAACCAGUAUGAAUAGUCUAUGCCCACAUCCAUUAGUGUUUUACUAGUUCCCAAGCCUGAAACAAUUCUCAUCUACUUCGUGCUUUAGGAAACACAGCAGCAGUAUCCUUGGGCAGCAAACCAAAGCAUAUGACAUCACUUCCUCAACCUUACCUUGCUUUCCAAGUUCUGUAUUAAUUUUUUUUUUUUUUUUGAGAAUGAUUUACUUUGGAAAGACAAAAAGCAAUUAAGAAGGGAAAGAAGUGAGAAGUUGUUGCAACGCCGUUGAACCAAGGUACUUAAAAUCUGAGUGAAAGUAUUUUGAGAGCAGUAUUGAAUAUACUAAAGAUUACAGAAUUCUUUUGCAAAAAUGCUGGAAUUUUAAUCUGCUAGUUACACGUUUUAUAGUGAAGCUGUAACAUUAUCUCCCUGGCAGGAAGGUUUGGUUUUCAUUUGAUGUUUUUUGGAAGUUACAGCCUGUGGUUCUUCUUCCUCAGGCCUGGUGAGAAGACUGGGUGCCCUCAGCUCUGUGGGACCAGUGGGUUGUUUCUGAACCACAUGAGCUUUUUCUCUACCACAGCAGUUUAAGAAAGUAGCCCAUUCAGACAGUAGCUGUUAAAUGUUGCCUAUUAUUGUAUCAUGAAGUUGGUAGGGACUCUUGAAGUGGCAUUGGCAUUUGCAUAAUGGGAUUCUUUAACCAGAGGUGGCACGGCAUCGUGGCCUUUCCACCCACUUCCUUGGUGGCUCUUAAACAUGAUCAGGAAUGAAGCCCUAGUUCUAGAAGGUGAUUGUCAUUCCAUGUAGCAUAAUGUGCCACUAAGUUUUUCCAUUCCAGGUCUUUGUACUUCGUAACAUUGGAAUUGUUUUUUCAUAAUUUCCAACAUUCCAUAAAUACUUGUCAAAGACAAAGAAAAGGAAUGUGGAUCUUUACUCUUUUCAUAUAAAUAACUUCGUACACAUGACUUCCUGCUUUCAUUAUGAACAAUAAACUAGCUCCCUUGUAUACAAAGUUAAAAGAUUGUGCACGUAUAAGGGGUUGAAUCUAUUUUGUAAAAUUCUAUUGCAUUUGUAUUUCUGUGCUGUUCUAAAGUUUACCUUUUUACUUAAAUUAAUUGAAGAUAUAGAAACUAUAUAUUUAAAUCAUGUAAAUGGGACACAAUUAGGGAUUUUUUCCAAUCUUAUUUUGCAUCAGCCUCUCUCUCUCUCUCUCUCUCUCUCUUUCUCUCUAUCUCUCUCUCUCCCUCACAAAUACACACACACACAUAGAGAAUGCUGCUCAAAUUUUUUUUGUGUGCAAUAUAAACAUUUGAACAUUUCAGCCAGGUACUGAGCCAGAAAAGGUAAUUGAAGUUUUUAGAAAGCUUCUGUACUUAGAAAAUAUUUUGUUUUCUUGAAAUAUUAAUAAUGUAUAGCUGGCAAAAUAGGAUCAAGACUUAAAUGUUUCAGAUCAUUUGGUCAUUGGUUCCUAAACUUAGGAAGUAUUUGAUUAACAAGUUGGUGAGGCAUUUCAUGGUUACAAAAAACUGCUUAAAUAUUUGAAAUUAAAGGUUUUCCACAAGCCCUUUCUAAGGAAGUUUAUCUGUUGCACAUGUUUUGAUGAGAAAGGAAGUUUCUCUUUGCUCUAGUAAUUUUAUAAUUUGUACUACUUCUUUGUUUCUCUUAUGAUUUGUUUAAGAAAUGUUAAAAUUAUAAAUCAUGUCUAAUCAUACUGAAUUGUAAAACUUAUGCUGUAUCUUUAUUUUAAGGAAAAAGGAGAAUAAAAUUAUC